GUCGGCCUGAACUGAGAGUAAUGUUACAGAUUGGGAAGAGUGUGAAGAGGCUGCGUAUCGAUCCCGCUUUCUCUCACAGCCAUUGCAGUACAUUGAGCUCCAUAGACACAGCAUUGGAAUAUUGUUAAAAUGGGGAAAGGUGAUCCCAAGAAGCCCAGAGGAAAAAUGUCCUCCUAUGCUUACUUUGUGCAAACGUGCAGAGAAGAGCACAAGAAAAAGCACCCUGACGCAUCUGUAAACUUUGCAGAAUUCUCUAAGAAGUGCUCAGAACGGUGGAAGACCAUGAAUGCUAAAGAGAAAGGAAAAUUUGAAGACAUGGCGAAAGUAGACAAGGUUCGUUAUGAAAGUGAAAUGAAAUCCUACAUACCACCAAAAGGAGAGACUAAAAAGAAGUUUAAGGAUCCAAAUGCACCAAAGAGACCACCCUCUGCUUUCUUCUUGUUCUGCUCCGAGUUCCGUCCUAAAAUUAAAGGAGAGCACCCAGGUCUGACCAUUGGUGAUGUUGCAAAAAAACUAGGAGAGAUGUGGAAUAACACUUCAUCAGAAGACAAGGUGCCUUAUGAAAAGAAAGCUUCCAAACUGAAGGAGAAGUAUAAGAAGGAUAUGACAUCAUAUCGAACUAAAGGUAAAGUAGAGGGACCAAAAAAGGCUCCUGCCAAGUUUGAAAAAGGCAAGAGAGCUGAUGAUGAUGAUGAAGAUGAUGAUGAUGAAGAGGAGGAGGAGGAAGAGGAAGAAGAGGAUGAGGAGGAAGAUGAUGAAUGAGCAUCUCCAUCAGCAUUUCUUUUAUUUUGUUUUCUUUGUCGAUAUAGCAUUUAACCCCCCCGUGCACAGCUCACUCAUUUUUAAAGACAAAAACAAAUCGAAUAUAAGAAUGUGUAAGAUUUGUUUUUAAACUGUACAGUGUCCUUUAUUUCCUUUUUGUUUUAUUUUGUUGUUAUAGUUAACACACUACCGGCUGUGUCUUUAGACUUCCCUGUUUUGUUUUGUUUAUUGCCCCUGUUUUUGUGGUUUUCAGUGGCCACUAACCUUGCCUGGUACAGGACGGGGGUUGUAAAUUGGCAUGGAAAUUUUCAGCAGGUUCAUGUUGUGCACAGCACAGAUUAGUUACAUGGGGAUGUAGAUCAUUUCAUCUUCAGUUGUCUUAGCAUCAUAAUUGUUGUUCUGUUUAACUGAAUACCACUCUGUAAUUGCAAAAGCAAACAAGAAGAAGAGUUGCAAAUGUUUUGUUGACAUUCUGAUUGCUUCGAAGUAAAUACAAUUUUUUUUUUU